AGCAAAGUGGUUAGCUCAUGACGCUUUUAUAAUGUUAGAGUCCUUAUUGCUUCAGCACCUGGACAAUUUGGCGAAGAUCUGUCACGGCCCUGUCACACCCCUUUCUUUUGGUAGACUGAAAGUGAUAAAAGUCGAAAAGUGUGACAAGUUGAAGAACGUGUUCUCUUUUUCCUUGGUGAAACACCUUUCACAGCUCGAAGAGAUUGAAGUAUGUGAUUGCAAGAUGAUGCAAGAGGUUGUUGAUGAGAGCAAAGAUGAUGACGACGAGGAGAAGGUAGCCAGGGGAUGUUGGGAAUGCUAUAGCACGAGGAAGAGUCUCUUCUGCGGUCCAUGUAUUGCAGGCCCUGAACGGCGCCAGCAGUCUGAUCAGAUAAGUAGAACCAAGAGGACACCUGCAAGUCGAAAACGGGUUGUUGAGCUGGCAAAUCUACGUCAUUUGACUCUGCGAGACUUACCAGAGAUCAAAACACUCUUCACCAGAGCAAAUCUGCAGAAGCCCCAGGAGAUAGCACUGGACAUUUUCUUGGAUGGUCAUCAGGUUUGGCUACCCAAGCUGCAGAGUUUGGAUAUUUAUAGGCUUCCGAAAUUGAAAGUGUUAUUAUCAAGGAGUGAGACUGAACCCUCAAUGGGCUUGACGAUGAGCAACUUACAGUCUCUGGAAGUCCGGAGCUGUCAUGAACUCUCGAAAGUUUUCGACUCCAAUUUGUUGAUGGAGCUGCAGAGUCUGGAAUCAUUAGAAAUUAUGCACUGUAAUACGUUAACAGAAGUCUUCAAUCUUAAAGGGAUAAAUACUAAACGUGGGUCUAAUGUUGGUAUCCUCCCUCAGCUGAGCGAGAUCUCUCUAGACUGCUUGCCGAAACUGAGUUGCAUAUGGAGCAAGUGUCCUCGAGGAGAAGUAGCGGCAUUCCAAAACUUAAGGGAGUUGACAGUAAGCAGUUGCGGUGAGUUGAGAUACCUGUUUACCCCAUCGAUGGCUAAAGCGACGGCGAAACUGACAGAAUUAGAUGUGGAUUGCUGUGGGAAGAUGGAGGCAAUCAUAAUGGACGAAGAUCAUGGGAAAAUGAAAAGUGCGUCGUCAUGCAAUAUAAAAGAAUUCCCAUCGUUGAAGGUCUUGGAGAUAUUCGAUUGCCGCAAACUGAAGGAAUUCUAUUCGAUUAAAGGGGACAGCAACCCAACCUUCAGAUUCCCUUUGUGUUGUGGGGAGAAAGAGAGAGAUCAUCACCAGGUGGCGGUCAAUUCAACAAAGACAGUCUUCUUCAAUCGAAUGGUUCUCCUCCCGAGGUUGAUGGUGAUGACGCUCCACGGGGUAGGAGAUUUCGAGAAGAUAUGGGACAAUAAUGAACUCCCUGAAACUGAAACAUCAUCUAAUUUCAGCAAACUGGAGACCGUCAGUGUUGGUGGAUGCAAGAAGCUUCGCACUGUCUUUCCUUUAACUUCAACAGAGAAGAGGUGGCAGAAUCUUAAAGAGGUCGAUAUAGGUCCUUUUGAAUUUUUGGAAUCUGUAUUUGAAGUUGACGUCAACGGGCGGGGAGCACUCAGAUAAGAAAGAGAAGCGCACAGCAGCAAUAAUGCUCCCU